AUGGACAGCAGCGCCCGCAGCCUCGCCCUGGGGAGCUGGGACGCCGAGGUCUUCUGGCAGGUCUGGCAGCGCUUUGACGCCCAAGGGAGAGGUUACCUAGAAGAGAAGGAGCUGGAUGCCUUCUUCCACCAGAUGCUGAUGAAAUCGGGCGCUGAUGCGGUGGCCAUGGGUGAACGUGCGCAGAAGGUGCAGCAACAGUUCCGGGCGGCCCACCGUGUCCCUGAAGACGGCCGCGUUCCGAUGGAGCAGCUGGCCGGCACGUUCUUGUCGGAGGAUGAGAACUUCCUUCUGCUCUUCCGCCGGGAAAGCCCCCUGGACAGCAGCGUGGAGUUCAUGCAGAUUUGGCGCCGGUACGACGCAGACAGCAGUGGCUUCAUCUCGGCUGCUGAGCUCCGGGACUUCCUCCGCGACCUCUUCCGCCACCAGCAGAAGGCUGUUUCCGAGGCGAAGCUGGAGGAGUACACGGAGACCAUGAUGCGGAUCUUUGACAAAAACAAGGACGGCCGCUUGGACCUCAACGACCUGGCCAGGAUUCUGGCUCUUCAGGAGAACUUUCUUCUCCAGUUUAAGACGGAUGCCUGUUCCACCGAGGAAAGGAAGAGGGACUUUGAGAAAAUCUUUGCUCACUAUGAUGUUAGCCAGACCGGAGCCCUGGAAGGCCCCGAGGUGGACGGGUUUGUGAAGGACAUGAUGGAGCUUGUGCAGCCGAGCAUCCGCGGGGUCGACCUGGAUAAGUUCCGGGAGAUUCUUCUACGCCACUGCGAUGUGAACAGGGACGGGAAGAUUCAGAAGUCUGAGUUGGCUCUGUGUCUGGGGCUCAAAACCAACCCAUGA